AUGCAGUUUUACUCCGUCUUGUUGUGCGGUUGGUUUAUUUCAAUUUGGAGUUUUUCUACUUUUGAGUUUUACCAUUGAGGCAGUGAAAAAAAAGAUGAAAUUAUUGCUUAAAUAAUUGAAAUUGUACAGGUCUUACGUUUUUUUUUCCGUCAUUUUAGAUACCGUUUUUUUUCGGAGUUCAACCCAGGCUCUUAUAAUUCUUUCAUUCCUCUUUUCUCUCAUUUGAUCUCGUUUUUACGUAGAUAGUCUUUUCGAGAACUUUUGCUGAAGUUUUUUUUAAAUAGCUCCACGAAAAAAUGUUUCAGUCUUAUUUCAGUAUUACUCCUUUUUAGCUCUCCUUGCAGCAGUGCCGGUCUGUGCCCAGUACGGUGGUCUUUAUGGGGGCUACGGUGGUUACGGUAAGGCUUUUCAAAGAAUUGAUCCACACUCUCAAUGAGGAACUGUACCUAUGGUGUUUUUGCACUGCACUUACAGGCUGCAAUUCGAUGAAUUCAGGCUAUGGUGGUUACGGUAUGAUGAAUCCUUACGGCUACGGUGGAUAUGGAGGGUGAGCAGACGCAAUAGAAAAAAAUACCUUGAUUUUUUUGAAGUAUGAUGAAUCCUCUCAUGAUGGGCGGCUAUGGAAUGUCGUCGUGUAUGGAUCUGAGUCCGCAGUGCGCAGUUUGGGCGAGUACUGGUGAGUUCUCGAUGUUGCUUAAGUGAGCACUUGGAAAGGACAAAAAGAUCAUUGAAUGUUCUCUUUAGCUGUUUUAGUCCUUCUGAAGACAAUCUUUACCCUAUUCACUAAACCCGUCCUUUUUCAGGCCAGUGCGCGACGAAUCCGUUGGUGAUGCGACGGAUGUGCGGCAUGUCUUGUGGAACGUGUGAGUUGUUCAGAAAUCAAGGCUAAAACUGUCUGAAAUGAGUCGUUCAGGCUUGGGAAGCGGCAUGGGCCUCGGACUUGGAGGUCUUGGCGGACUAGGCGGAUUAGGCGGACCUUUUGGGACCGGUCUCUACGGCUACUCCCCAUACGGUGGCGCCACCCUUGGCAGAAGCAUCUAUGAGCAAGGUAGAGUUCCAAUAAAUCGAUCGGAAUUGACACAGUUUUUUCGAAAGAGCAUGAACUUGAGCUGAAACGUUGUGAUGUAACAAAAACGGUGCAUAUUCAUUUAUAAUUUUUUUAAUUCUUAUGUUCAAUCUCUUCUGUUCUUUUUUUGUGCUAGCAGGAUAAAUUCUUUCGAAUUAAAAAAACAUUUUUAAAAAUUUUUAAAAUGACUCUCAAAAAAAUUUUGAAGGAAUCCUCCGCGCUCCGCAGAAGAACGUUAUCAGUCCCGAGUCAAUGAUGGAAAAAGAAAAAAAGGACAAUUUUUUUGCCUGAACGACGAUUUUUUUAAUUAUCAUCUCUUCUUACAUUUUUUUUUUUCGAUCUCUCAAUUGUAUAAUAUUUCUGGAAGUUUUUCUGGUGUCAAUUACAAAUUUUUUUUCAAAUUGAUUGUUUAUGACAUUCUUAAGUUCUGAAAUAUUUUUAUGGCAUUAUUAAGUUCUAAAACAGCGCUGAAUCCGUUGAACUCAUCGUUGCUGAAAACAUCUAGGCUUUGUAUUACAGAGAUUCUCGGACUUUUUUAUUGAUUUCAUCUGUAAAUUCUGUAUUGAAUAUUUUUUUUUCAUAGUGUGCUUUUUUUAAAGAAAUUUAAAUAGUGGUCGCAGGUAAGUAGUUUGGAAAGUGGGAAGGAAAAAGUAUGAUCAUUAAUAAUUUUUAUUUUGAGCUCAGCUAUGCAUAGAAAGAGUUUUCUUCUUCUUCCUACGCCUUUGUACCGCUUGAGCGGCGUCGGCGCCCCAAGUCGAUUAGCCGAGGCCCUAUCCUGAUAUCAGGGAUAAUCAGCGGACUGGCUCUAGUGACAUAUCCGUCCUUGUGUGUGACGGCUGGGUAUUUCAUUUCUUAAACCCCUUGGUUGGGUCGGGGCGGGGAUCGAACUUGUGACCUUGUGGACCGUAGAGAGGCACACAACCUGUUGCGCUACGACGCGCCCUAUGCAUAGAAAGAGUGUUGAAAAACAUACAUUUUUCAAAGAAAAUUUUUUUACCAGCUCGUUCUAAUCUGAUUAAUUCAUUUUUUUCGCGUUUAGUUGAACUCUUAAACUGAUUAAGUAGUCGAAAUUUUGGUUUUAAAAAUUAGCUUCAGCUGGGAUUUUGUGUUGGGUGUACUGUCCGCAGUUCGUAGCAAGUCCGCAAUUCUGCGUGAAGUGAAUAAAGAAAAAAAAAAUUUGAUGGUACGACAAAAUCUCAAGUCCGCAAAUCUCGAGAACCGUAAUCUUGUGUACGCAGAUCUAAAGUCCCAUAAUCUUGGAGACCAAAAUCUUGGAAACCACAAUCUUAGAAAGCAAAAAUCAACGCUUUUGCGAAUAGACUUUUUCAGAAAUUGUAUUCGGUGAUCCAAACAAAAGGUAUAAGUAGAUAAAGUGCAAUAAAGAAGACUAAAAGGGAAAAUUUUUGCUUUCCAAGAUUGUGGUUUCCAAGAUUUUGGUCUCCAAGAUUUUGGUUUCACGGCGUUUUAAAAAGGGUGGACGUGAAGAGAAAAACUGGCAGGCGAUAAAAUGUGCCCUGAUGAAAACGUUCUAACGGCGGAGCAGGCUUGUGCGAGGGCCGGCCCGUCACCCUCCCGGCCCCCCGACCGUUUCGUAAGCCCGGCCCGGCCCGGCCUUAG